CCGAGCUCCCUCCUCCCUGCCCGCGCCCCCUCCUCCCUGCCCGAGCUCCCUCCUCCCUGCCCGAGCUCCCUCCUCCCGGCCCGCCCCCUCGCUCCGCCCCAGGCCCGCGGCUUCCCCCUUGCCGCUGCCGGCCGGGCCGGGCCGUGCCGGGCGUCCCCCGCCCCGCGGCCGCCCCUGACCCCGCCCCCGCCCCUGUCCUCGUCCCCGUCCCCUUCCCCUUCCUCGCCCCCAUCCUGGCCGGGCACAGCGGUGGGGGGAUGGAGGAGCAGCUGCUGCUGGCGCUGGGGGCGUUGAGCCUGCAGCCGCCGCGGGGCCGCUCCGGGCGGAGGCUAGUGCUGCUGCGGGGUCUGCCGGGCUCCGGGAAGAGCACCCUGGCCAGGCAGCUGAAGCGUGACUACCCCAGUGCUGUAGUUCUUAGCACUGAUGACUUCUUCGUUGAAGACGGCGUAUACGUGUUUGAGCCUGACCUCCUGGAGGAUGCCCACAAAUGGAACCAAAAGAGAGCAUGCAGAGCAAUGAGGAGUGGGAAAAGCCCAGUUAUUAUUGAUAACACCAACAUCCACGCCUGGGAAAUGAAGCCCUACGUGAUGAUGGCACGUGAAAAUAGAUAUGAAGUUGUAUUCCGAGAGCCAGAUACACCCUGGAAGUUCAACGUUCGGGAACUGACAAGAAGAAAUACUCAUCACGUCCCUCAACAAAAGAUACGACAGAUGAAAGAACAAUACGAGCACAACGUCACCUUCCACAGUGUUCUUCAGUCUCAGAAACCAAGCAGGGAUGAGAGAAGCUCCAGGGGCCCAAAUGCAGCUUGUGGCAUGGGUGCCUGUUCCAGCCUCCCUCCAGCCUUCUCAAACAGAAGACCUCACGUGGCACGUACAAGCACCAGGCCAUUCCAUUGAAGAGGUGCAUUCCUCGCUGUGUUUUAAUUAUCAGGGUACAAAAGUCUCUAGUUUUACAUGUUUUUCUAAACUUUUUUAUUCUUAUAUUUUUCUACUACAUUUUAAAACUCCUUGUACUUGUUACAAAUCUCUUGAGUGUCGCUGGAUUCCGAUCUCGCAGCUCUCCAUGAGCACUCUUGGGAGCACUAUCCGCAGUACAAACUGCACUCAUCUGUCUUCCUCCACAGAAGUUCCUUCAGGCUGUGAUUAUGGGGAAGUUUAGUGCCUGUGCCACAUGCUUUUUGUUUGUGGGGUUUUUUUCUGCAUCACACUCUGUCACUAAGAUAGCAAUAAGUAUUUGCUAACUUCUUUCCUAAAGGAUUUGUGGCAAAUUCCUUCUCCAUGCAGUUGUCAUUCCUUGUCAUUUUAAUACUUUCUAUCUGGCUGUAUAACCUUUUGGAUCUUCCCACUCCACUUUGCCUAGAGCACGGCUGCUCCCUUUGAAAGGGGCAGGGAAUGGCAGAGGAGGCAGCUCUGAAAGAGUGUAGCAAGACUGGAUGCUGUUCCCUGUCUACAUCUCUGCUCUCUGCAUUCAUGCACCUCAGCCCUAUCACAAACAGCUUCUGCAGCCUGUAGGCAAAACACUUUCACUGACCAAAUUGAGCCCUUUAUCCUGCCAAGACAUAGGAGUUCAACUGAGCCUGAGAUGAGUCCAGGGGUGGAGGCUCCUACAAGGAAACAUGCAUGUUAGGCCAGUGCUUGUUAAAGUAGGAACAGGGCCACAGGAACAGCCCUGAAUUAAGCACAAGGCCACCAAAUAUACCUAAAAGGCAGAAGUACAAAAUAACGACUUACAGAAGAAAAAUGCUGUUGUAAUAGGAAUCAUCUCCUUCCCCCACUAAGUGCUGAGAAGCCACUGAUGGAUGGAUGAGUGAUAAGAUCAGCUGUUUGGUAACAACAAAUGUACAGAUUCAUUUAUUGGUGCCCUGUGCCACCUCUGACAGCCAAACAACUGUUCCAAUACUGCAGAGGGUAACAAAAGUGAUUGCUUGAGACUGAAGCAAGGAUCCUGUUGUAAUUUAGAAAGACACCAGGAUCAAAGUAGCAGCUUUUAAAGUGGCAUCAGGCCCUGGCCCCGUGCUGACGCUAUUGUACAAUCCAUGUUUGUGUGAGAAAUGUAUAAUUACUGACAAUUGUUUUGCAGAUGAAGUGUCGUUGCUCGAGUCUUGAGUUUUUGUAAUACAGCUUUUAUUAAAUACAAUCAGGAUUUAAUGUACAAAGUGUAAAAAUAAUUUCAAUUUGAAAUAUAUACACAAUAAUGUACAUGUGCAGUCAGUAGCAGUCAGGAGGGUUUUGUCUUCCACGUGUCCUGUGGGCUGGUAACGAGUUCUCCACUUCCUUUGUGUUCUUUCCAAGGGCCUCAGCUACUUCAGAAGUGCUUUUUUGAUGACUUCUUUGCUUCUCCCGUAGCCCUGGAACUAUUUUUGGGUGAAAGAUUGUCAGAUAAAUUAGUAUCUAUUGUACUGCUGUUUUCAUUUACAUACUCUAUCUUCUUUUCUUCUGGUAAAUUAUUCACGAGUGCCUGUGUAUUAAUCAUUGCAAGUUCUUCAUCAGCAACCAGGUCGUUCUCAGGGAGAUGGACAGUUUCUCUCAGGUUUCUGCAGGGGGUGACACGACCACCAUCCUGAUUUGUUUCCUUGGCUGACUUGCUGCGCUGCAAACCCAAAAUUCGUGGAGGCUGAAAUGCUUUCUUUAAAGAUGGAGAAAUGAUUGAACACAUUGGUGUGAGUGGUGGAGGGGCAGAUGGUAAGAGAUCAUGAGAAGGAGUGACUCAUGAAAAGGAGUGAAGCCUUCUACUGCAUUGGAUAUAUCCUUGACAGGUUGUUAAAGAGGGAAAAACAAGGGGAAAAAAUGGAAGAAAAAAGGGAUGGAAUACAGACCAAAAAGCUUGAAGAUGACUGUACACAAAAGAUAGAUGCUGCAGGGCAAAUAAUUCAAACACAUGCUUAAACUUGAGAAUACCAUCAAUGUCUCAUUUAACUUGGUUAAUGCAUUUAAUAAACUGAACCUUCAGAACUACAUAUCAGCACUCUCUCUGAAAUGGAAAAGGCUGCCUUAUAAGCUUAAAUUUAGUCCCUGGGAACUGAUAUCACAUCAGGGUGUUUCUACCUCCCCCACAACUAGCAGCAGGAAAAAUGUUGUGCCUGCACUCAGCAUUCCACGUCAGGAACAACUUGCCACCAGCAGCCUUCAUGGGAAACCCGAGUACGAUCGAACUCAAUUUUUGUCAAAACCUCUAUAAAAUGCAAACAUUUACUUGGUGAUACCUCUUCCCUUUUAAAUCCUGUAAGUAGUGAGCAACAUUUAGGAAAAGAAGACCAAGAGGUAAAUUCUCUAAACAAAGGUAGAACUGCAGAAUGCUGCGAAUGAAAAAUUAACAGAUCAAGAUUUUUCUUUCCAGUGAUACCCAUGUCAGAUGAUCUUCAGUGGGAGCGAGGCAGCAGUAGGGAAACGGUGAUUCGUUUUACUCCCGUGAAACUCAGAAUAUUUAAAGUAUGCUGUGAAAACACAGGCCAAAAGGGGAGGUUUUCAUAUACUGCUUGGAGGAAGAACCAGCCCACAGUUCCUCCUGGGGAGUAACCCUGAACCCACACGCAGAGAAAGCUUCUCAUCAGCUUGUGUUGCUCUGAAGAGAAUGUAUGGAGUGGACUGAGAAGUGAGACUGUUCACCACAGAUAUCAGUGUAAAACCUGCUUAUCUUCUUACUGCACAAUCAGUACAAACCCACUAUUGAUUACCAUCAGCUUACCAAACUUUUAUCCUCUGCAUAAAGGCCUGAGCUGCAGGAGGGAGAGGGGCUUUCCAGACCACGUCUUUGAGUUAAAGUGGGCGUAAGCGAGAGAUUUCUUCGUAGCAAACUCAUCAAUUUACUUUCUGCACUGGAGCAAAAGGAGGCCACGUUCUAUAAAGGAGAACAGUUUACAAUGCAGAAUAGCUGUGUAAUAAGUGUGUAAAUGCAGAGUAACAGUGUGCAGUAGCAAAUUGCUAAGUACUACAUCCUCACCAAGAAAAGCAUGUUGAUACUUAGCAUGGGAAUAAAAUUUAAAUAAUAAAUCAACAAUCCACUACUUAAUAUAUUCAAGACAGUAGAUUUCAACUUUUAGAAAGCUAGAGCCAAAUGGUCCAUGACAGAUUCCCUACUGACAGACAUCAUAUUUUUUGCUGGCCAGAGAAGACUGUGGCACAUCCUAAAGUUGCUCGAGCUGAAUUAGAGAUAAAUCAAAAGGCAUUCAAUAGGCAAUAUGUACAGCCCUCCAGGAAAAGUGCAUUAACAUCUUACUCCAUCUCUCAGAAAAUCCCCUCAAAUUCAACAUUAUGUGCAUUUGUGCUUGAAAGAUUUAUUAACACUAACGGGCUUUUUGGUGAAGAAUGUAACAGCACUAACUAAAAUUAAUUGUUGAACUAAGAAUCUACAGAUUUACCUCUAUCGUACUUCUCAGCUCAUUAACCUUCUCUUGAAGACAGCUUUCCUUGGGGCUGGCUGAGAAUACAGAAAGAUCUCCAGCCAACAGCACAGGAAUGCCUGAUCUGAAUUCAGACUGCCACUGAAGGUUGCUUGCAGCAAUGAAUGAAGAGCGGACAACUAUGUCCUCGAUAGCCAGGUGUCUGAGAUCUGUCCAGAUCUUUACAGCCACUAAAUUAUGGCUCUCAUCAGAUAAGUAUGCCAUAGUAACAAAACCUAAAAGCAAGAAAAGAGUCUGAAUUAAACCUUAAAUCUUUAAGUAAAUAUAGAUACAAGUUGAUUUCUGCAACAAGUCACACAUCUGGAAACAGAACUAACUGUAACGCGGCAGCCUAUCUGCAUGUGUCAGGCUUCAUUCAGAUUCUCUGCUGUUUUGCUACUGAUCACAGAGAACAACUCAAAGUCUGUGUUUCUGUGCUUAAAAAAAAGAAAUACUCCUAUGGUAGUUUUCCUUUUUAUUCAGAAUAUUAUCUCCCCGUCCUUGCCCAUGAGCUCCAGUGCCUGUGCUGCAGGCAUUCCAGGAUGCUGUACACGAGAGAGGGAGCUCAUGUACAUGCAAAGUGGUGCUUCUGCAGGUGCUGAAACAGAUGUGAGAACUUACAUUCACCAUUCUGGGAAACAAAAAAAAAGCUCUCCUUGAGCUUAGAUUGGCCCUUACUAAAUUCUUCCUAAGCUAAUAAGCGAUGAUAGUUUUUCUUCAGGAAACCAGAAUUCUCUGCCAGCACGUCACAGUGAUGGGUGAUCACAGAAUCAUAGAAUGGUAGGGGUUGGAAGGGACCUUUAGAGAUCAUCUAGUCCAACUCCCCUGCAGAAGCAGGUCAACCUAUAUCAGGUCGCAUAGGAACAUAUCCAGGCAAGUCUUGGAGACCUCCAAGGAAGGAGACUCCACACCCUCCCUGGGCAGCCUGUGCCAGGGCUCCCUCACCCUCACAGUGAAAUAGUUUUUUCCUAUAUUUAGGUGGAACUUUUUGUGUUCCAGCUUCAUCCCAUUACCCCUUGUCCUGUUGCUGGCUACUAUAGAAAAAAGAGAUGUCCCAACCUCCUGACAUCAAUAAUUUAGAUAUUUGUGAUAUUAACAAUAUCCCCCCUCAGUUAUGUUUGCAGGGUUUCAGAGGCUUGAGACACAGGUACAAAACCAAGAUCAUUUUUGAAUUGUGAAAUAAAAAAUGUAGUGCUUAUUCAGUGGGAGGACAUGAAUGUGGUCCACAACAUACCUGUUCUGCUAACAGAAACUACAACUCCGACUAAAUCAACUUCAGCACAUGGUGGCUGAAAAGAUGGAUCCGACAAACUGGUGAAUUUUAGAACCUUUCUUGGAAAGAAAAUCUGUGCCAGCCUCUCCUGUGAUACCUGAAGGAACACAAUGUUUUUUCAGUAUUUACAACACACUUGGAUGGACUGUGAUACAUCUCCAUAAUUCAUCUUUCUGCACUUAAAGCACUUACUGGUAGUUGUAGAUAGCGAGUUUUCUUUGUUGCUGUUAACUGUAUGUUAGCCGAGUCUGAUCUUCCUUUGGACUGUGAUGUUGACAGCUGGUAGAUUCUGUACCGACCACCUUCCCUUAGCAACGAACAAACCUCUAGCAGAGGACGCCAGAUACUUAAGAUCACUCCUAGCAAUAUCAGAUGAAGUUACAUUAGCUGUGCAAUACUAAUUUGAAUGCUUUUAAACAAAACAAAUCCACAACACUCUCUCCCAUCCAGAAGCCCUGAACUAAAAAACAAACAGAACUGCAAAUAUGAACAUGCAAGCUGGAACACUCUCAGGAAACUCUUCAUAUCUACUUGCCAUGCUGGCCAGCUACCAUGUUCAGAUAAAAGUUAUUUAUAACUUUCUAAAUACUAGCCUUUAGGUUUUUCUUGCUUUCUGUAGUCUACCACACGUAAUUUCCAUACAGUAGACACAUCCCUUUUGGAAAAACCAUUUCCUUCCUGUUCUGAGGACUCUACAGCCUUCUUGAAUUCUUCCUGAAUCUGAGUUUGCUUUUUAUCGUUCAGCAACUGCCUGUGAGCAUUCAAAGCUUUUAGCUGGUCUUCACUGAGAUAUCCCUGUAAGCAAGAGAAAAUGUUUUCAGUAUCUUUUUUUAAUGAAUUAAAACAAUCCUGUCAAGAUUUUUAGACA